AAAUGACAGCGGCGAGUCCCUUUUAUUAUAUUAUUAAUCGCGAAGGCGAAGGAGGGAGCGAAUCCCGUCGUAACCCGCACAAAAUAUCAAAAAGGAGGGAAAAAAAGGAAAAAGAAGAAUUUCAAUCCGGCGAAUUCCUCGACUCUAUUUCUUCUUCAGGCAGCUCUUUUGGAGGGGAGGUUUGCCUCCGGAGAGGAGAUCUCCGUUCCCAUUUUCCGGCUCCGGAAUCGACAAAUCCGGCGGAGGUGGGGUCGGUCUCUGAAUUCAUUGGAGCUGUUCUGGGUUUGCUUGGGAUGAUCGUCGAUGUUGCUGGAGGGAUUGAGCUUUUGAGUGAGUAGCAUUCGGGAAUUAGGGUUCCGGAUGAUUCGAAUUUUGGUGUUGGAGGGUUUGGUGAAUCAAAAUCGGGGAAAGUGAGGCUCAGGGGCAGACGCCGUGGGUAAAUGGUGAUCGGGAAGAUGCUUUGAGGGUUUCGGAAGGAAGCCCUUUCCGAAUAAGGAACUAGGGUUCUCUUUUAGCGAUUGGUGUGGAUCAUGGUGCGCCUUCUGGGGUUGACACGGGGAGAAUCAGACGAGUUUCCGAGGGAGAUUACGAGAAUUCCGACCGGGAACGGAGACAGCGGUUGGCUUAUCAGGUUCUUCGAUUCUGCAUUCUUCUGCGAAUGGAUUGCAGUGAGUUAUCUAUAUAAACAUGACCAUCCAGGCGUUCGGGAUUAUCUCUGUAAUCGAAUGUACAGUUUGCCGCUCUCUGGAAUCGAGAGCUAUCUGUUCCAGAUCUGCUACAUGCUUGUACAUAAACCCAGUCCAUCACUCGAUAAGUUUGUCAUUGAUAUGUGUUCGAAGUCGCUCCAGAUAGCGCUUAAGGUUCAUUGGUUUCUGCUGGCCGAACUAGAGGAUUCGGACGAUACUGAAGGGAUAAGCAGGAUUCAGGAGAAGUGCCAGAUUGCUGCUACCCUUAUGGGGGAUUGGCCACCACUGGUCCGCCCGCAGAAUCCUCCGUCGAGUCCCGGAGGCAAUGCCAAGAACAGGGUGCUGAGCAAGAUACUCUCCUCGAAGCAGCGGUUGCUUUCAUUAGCUUCUUCACCACCAGCUACCCAGAGGUCCGCUUCUUUUCCAUCGCCUCUUUCUGGCAGUUCACCUGGACAAGUGGAGAACAAAGUUGGUCAAGAUGAGUUAGACUCCUCGCUGAAAGUUCUGAAAAAGUUAAUGCCUGGUCCCAAAGUUCGGGAUGCACUGUUCUUCAGGAAAUCGAUGGAGAAGGAAGAUGAGGAAGUGGAUAAGUCAAAAGACUCGACAAGAGAUUCGGACCAAGACGGCUUCUUCCGGCGGAUCCUGAGGGAGCUUAAGGAGGAUGAGGUUAAGCCUGUUCACAAAGCGGAGUUGACGACAAGCUCAGAUGGGUUUUUCAAGAGAUUGUUUCGUGAUCGAAGUGAAGUUGAUGAAAAAUCAGGAUCAAAAUCAAGUGAAGAAGAUGAGAAGGAAGGUUUCUUUCGGAGGAUAUUCAAGGAAAAACAUGAAGAUCACCAUGAGAAGAAAGAUGGGCAUGAUGGAGCGGAUGAAGAUGGUGGCUGUGAAGAUGAUGAGCGCUCAGACCUUAUGUCAUUCCUCAAGUUGCUCCGGGUGCAUCCAGAGGAAGAGAAACCUACUCCAGUUUCUGAAAAUGGACAUCCAGGGUCUCUUGAUAGCAGUCCAGGAACAGAAAAAUUUUUCCGCAGGCUGUUCCGUGACCGGGAUAGGUCCAUUGAGGACUCAGAAUUGUUUGGUUCCAAGAUGCAGAAAGAAAAACGUCCUGGUUCACCGAGGCAGCGCAAUGAUAAAGUUCCAUCCAAGCCUCCAUUGCCAAAUAAUAUUACGUCCCAAAUUCGUAAGGGGGCAUAUCAUGUUUCUUUGGAGUUUGUCCAGUCUUUGUGUGAUACAUCGUCUGGUUUAGUAGAUAUAUUUCCCAUGGAAGAACGCAAAAGUGCCCUUCGCGAGUCUCUUGGGGAGAUCAAUUCACACAUUACGGCUGCUGAAGAUAGUGGAGGAGUUUGCUUUCCUAUGGGAAAGGACAUGUUUCGUGUUGUUCACAUUCCUGAAGAUGAAGCAAUCCUCUUGAACUCAAGGGAAAAAGCACCUUACCUGAUAUGUGUGGAGGUUCUGAAAGGUGAACCCCCAAGUCAUAACAAAGGGCAGGCUGAUGCUCAAAAGCUUUCACGUGGAGGAAUACCCCUAGCAAAUGGCGAUGUACAAUUGCAGAAGCCUCCUCCAUGGGCAUAUCCACUUUGGAACUCUCAAGAUGUGCAUCACACUAGUACUGAUCAGAUGUUAAGAUCUGCUUCUCUUGCUAUUGACCAAGCAAUGACACAUUUGUGGGAGGCCAAAGUGAAAUUUGUUCAUGUUAGCCUUUCUGUUGGGAAGCAAAAUUUUGAAUAUUCGAGUGACAAUAAAUCAGUGAGCUUAGGUGGUGAUGGGAACAAUCAUAGUUCAUCACCUUCCUCCACAGAUGCUCCUGGAAUCAGUGGAUGCCAGACCAUUGGGAAUAUUCAGAUCCCAGCCCAACAAUCGGACUGCAGAGACACAAAUGAUGAGUCAGAUUGGGUACGUGUCACACUUACAGCAGUUCCUGGUGUUAACAUGGAAGAUGUUGUGGAUGAAGACCAACCACGGAAGAAGGAACACCGACGUGUUCCAAGCACAAUUGCUAUAGAAGAAGUAAAGGCUGCUGCGGCAAAAGGGGAGGCACCUCUUGGACUUCCAUUAAAAAAGCCAGGUCAGGGUUCGACAGACACACAACCUAAGGUUUCUAAUGGUGGUGUUCCAAAGGCUACUGAUGCCUUGUCAGGUGAGCUUUGGGAGGCAAAGAAAGAGAGGAUACGUAAUUCAUCAGCCCAUGGGAAGUCGCCUGGCUGGGAUUUACGUUCUGUUAUUGUUAAAAGUGGUGAUGACUGCAGGCAGGAACACCUUGCUGCUCAACUCAUAGCUCAUUUCUACGAUAUAUACCAGGAAGCUGGUUUGCCUCUUUGGUUGCGGCCAUAUGAAGUCCUUGUUACAUCAUCCUACACAGCCCUGAUUGAAACAAUUCCUGAUACGGCUUCACUACAUGCCCUCAAAAGUCGGUUCCCUAAUAUCACAAGCUUGCGUGAUUUUUUUUCUGCAAAAUUUCAAGAAAAUUCUCCUGGUUUUAAGCUUGCCCAGAGAAACUUUGUUGAGAGCAUGGCUGGGUAUUCCAUAUUGUGCUACCUUCUGCAGGUGAAAGAUCGUCACAAUGGCAACCUCUUGCUGGAUGAGGAAGGUCAUAUCAUCCAUAUUGAUUUUGGCUUUAUGUUGUCAAAUUCUCCUGGUGGUGUCAACUUUGAAAGUGCCCCAUUCAAGUUGACUCGUGAGUUACUUGAGGUAAUGGACUCUGAUGCAGAGGGAACCCCUAGUGAGUUCUUCGACUAUUUCAAGGUUUUAUGUAUUCAAGGCUUUUUGACAUGUCGAAAACAUGCAGAGCGCAUCAUACUGCUUGUUGAAAUGCUGCAGGAUUCAGGCUUCCCCUGUUUUAAAGGUGGCCCUCGGACGAUUCAGAAUUUGAGGAAACGAUUCCAUCUGAGCUUAACAGAGGAGCAAUGUGUGUCGCUGGUCCUUUCUUUGAUCAGCAGCAGUUUAGAUGCCUGGAGGACAAGGCAAUAUGAUUAUUACCAGCGUGUUCUGAAUGGCAUUUUGUGAAUUCCCAAGGGUGUUUUAUGGGGCAAUUCAGCACAUGCUUUUCACUGUCAGGUUCUGAGGUGAAGCUUGGCCUUCUUAAUCUUGGUUAUUGUGAAGCUCAUCUUGUAGAUAUGCGAUGGCCACGCAGCUAUAUUUUUGGAGUAAACGACUUCAUGGUCUGCAUAUAGGGGAGAGAAUACAGGGUUGAAAAACCGUAAGCAAUAUAAUUUUGGUGGUUUGUGGUACAAGUACCUUUGACUUCUUUUUGGUCCAAGUGGCUCUAUUUGCUGGUUUGGAGUGAGGAGUUGGUAUUGUAUCUGUAAAAGCCAACCUGCACUGCAUACCUGCAACCUGUACAGAGAAAAGGUGAUCUCCUUUGGGGCAUUGCCAUGGUAGCUCAGUAAGCUUUUAGUCCAUUUGAGUUCGACCUCAUUAUUCAAACUGGAGCACGCGGUGGACACCAAGGAGGCUGGGGAGCUGUGGGAACAAAGAUUGUGAGAAAUUCUCGAGUUAUUUGCUGUUCCUCUGAUGUGUCCAAAGGCAGAAAAUGCUUCUGGUUCCCUUCCCAGCGUCAGUGUUAUGGUCUCACAGUUUCAUUCUUGUAAACCUUGAGAUUUGCGGUGUUCAUAUAUUUUCUUUUCAAUUCAUUAUGCUUCUUUCUUUCCGCAAGGUUGGUUGCGAUAGCUUUUCCUGUGUAGCAAUUGCUGUACAAUAUCUUAUUGAAAAUGCAGCUUUGUACAUGUUA